AUCAGCCGAUCAGCCGGUCAAAGAUCAACAAAUAAAAAUAACAUCUCUAUUUUAACCAACUUUUGCAAUGUUAAAUACCUUAAAAUAAAGUCUACAAAGCGCAAUAAUAAAUAUUAAAACGCCACAAAAGUAUCUGUUGCUUUUGUAGUGAAAAAAUACUGUUUUCACUGCUUGCGACCGUCCUAUUCUAAUCGUGUUACGUUACGUAAUAGUGUUGUUUAUUCGACUCUAUCUGUGACGAAUACCACUUCACAAUGAACACUACAAUCGCGGGUUGCCGCGCGAUAACUCAUAUAAAUACUCGUUUCCUCGUUAAAAAAGUUAUUAAUCCAACAAUUGUCGGUCGAAACUUUUGUGUGAGUGCCUCCAGAAACAUGAAGCUUGUCCAGUUCGUUUAUAAGAAUAAUCCCAGCGAAAUUCGCGCUGGAAUACUCAAGGGCGACAGUGUGGUUGACAUAAACAAGGCAGAUAGUAACUUACCCAGCACAGUUUUGGAGAUUUUGAGAAAUGGUGACAUUGAGAAAGUGAAAAGAUUACAAUCAUCCCCUGCAGGGCUAGUACCUCUGACGUCAAUAGAGCUAGCGGCGCCCGUGCACGGCAUCGACAAGGUGCUGUGUGUAGGUCUGAACUACAAGGAUCACUGUGAGGAGCAGAAGCUGACUCCUCCAGAGGUGCCCAUGAUCUUCAGCAAGUUCUCCAGCACCAUUGUCGGACCCAAGGAUGCUGUUCGAUUGAGGACACAAGUGACUGAUAAAGUGGACUGGGAAGUGGAAUUAACAGUCGUAAUAGGGAAGCAAGCCAGCGACGUGAAAGCGGCCGACGCGUUCCACUACGUCGCGGGCUACACCGUCGCGCAAGACAUCAGCGCGCGCAACUGGCAGAAGGCUAAGAAUGGCGGACAGUUCUUACUGGGCAAGUCUAUGGACACGUUCUGUCCCAUCGGGCCGUGCAUCGCCACGAGCGACGAGGUCGGCGACCCGCAGAACUUGGACAUCACGUGCAGCGUCAACGGAGUGCUGAAGCAGAGCAGCAAGACUGAUCAACUCGUUCACAAGAUCCCCGACAUCAUUGAGAGAUUGACUUCAGUGAUGACUCUGUUGCCGGGAGACAUAAUCCUCACGGGCACUCCGGGAGGGGUGGGCAUGUACCGCGACCCCCCCGAGUACCUCCGCCCCGGUGACGUCAUCCGCAGCCAGAUACAGAACAUUGGCGUGCUGGAGACGAGAGUGGAGGCGUUCUAGAACACAGUAAGAGUCGGUAUCAAUUGUAUCAUGUCUGCGAAUAAUAAAAUGUACAUAAAUGUAUAAUUCUGAUUAUGAAAAUAAGAAAUACAAGUAUAUAUCACUGUU